AUGUCCAUCUUCCUAAUCGUGCUCAUCGCAAUUGUCACGGCCCUCGUGCUCGGCUCGUUCUACGUGUGGUACCUCGUCCGGCACUCGCGCAAUUCGACAAGAAAACGAAAAAUGGUGCGAACGCUAGCCGUGAUGGGCUCCGGCGGGCAUACAACGGAAAUGUGCUGCGUGCUCGAGAACCUCUCCUCCGCCUACAAGGAGUUUUCCUUGGUCAUCGCCGACACCGAUCAGAUUAGCCAGGGAAAAGUGGAGGAGCUGGCGAAAUUCAAGGAGAACUCGAGGAUCGAAUGGAUUCCGCGAAGUCGAGAAGUUGGCCAAAGUUACAUCACGUCGGUUUUCACGACGUUGCGGGCCUUUUACUAUUCGCUGGCGGUCGUGUGGAGGUUUAGCCCCGACCUCGUCCUGACCAACGGCCCCGGCACGUGCAUACCAAUCUGCGUGGCCGCCGCCCUAUUCGACAUCUUCCGCCUUCGCGACACAACGAUCGUGUUCGUCGAAUCGAUCUGUCGCGUCCAAUCCCUAUCACUAACCGGCGCCAUCCUCUACUUUUCCGGCCUCGCCGAUGAUGAGGUCCGCUACGAGUUCCGGCAGGUGAAGAAGGAGGACGACAACCUCGAGAAACUCCACCGAGAUCUCGAGAAGAAGGGUAUCCAGUUCAAGCCGAAAUCCGUGGAGGAGAUUUACAAGGUAGCUGACCAGCAGGCGUUGGCCGGUCUCGUGGAGCUCGGAUUCGACGAGUGGACCGCUAAUUUGGCCCUUUUGCGUACCGGAAACGCGGGAAUCGAGACGGCUGUCACCUGGAUUGUUGAGAGGAGCAACGACAGCGACUUCGACUCGGGCAGCUCGGACGACGAAGACGAGGCUGACGAGGGCCGCGAACAACCCGCAGGCAUGGGAGCCUCUCAAUCAACCGGCGAAGGCGCCGGCCCAAGCAAUGCCGUGGGUUUUGACGUGAUCAAGGCGUUGGCGAAGAAUGCCCGCACCCACAAGAUGGUCUUUGUCGCCAAUAUGAGCCUGAAGAUGGGCGCCGGGAAAUUGGCCGCUCAGGUGGGCCAUGCGUGCUUGGCCGUCUACCAGAAGGCCGUCUCCACCGAGGAGGGCCGUGCGGGCAUCCAGAGCUGGGAACGGAUGGGAGCUGUAAAAGUGGUGCUGAAGGGCGAGAGCACGGAGCAGCUGAUGGAACUGUUGAAGCAGGCGAAGGAAGUGGGUUGCUCGGCAUACCUUGUCGCUGACGCCGGCUACACGCAGAUUCCGGCCGGUUCGCGGACGGUGCUCGGUGUGUUCGGCCCGAAGGAAGCCGUCGAUUCGGUGUGCGGCCAGCUGAAACUUCUC